GCCGGGCGUGGUGCUGGCCACCCAUCCGCACAUCAUGUGGCGUUCCGGCCUUCAAAUAGAGAGGAGUGCGAGCCCGCAGCAGGAGAUGAACGCGCUGGCUCGCCUGGCCGCUGUGCGGAGCGCGGCGCGUCUGCCUCGGCUGGAAAGGGCAUCUCGCACCCGCAGGUUAAACACUGCGUUUGAACUGUGGUCUGGAAACGCAGGCUGGCUCCACCCGUGUUACAAGUCUUCAUACUCCGCCUUGCCCGAUGACUACAACUGCAAGGUGGAGCUGGCCCUGACGUCCGAUGGGCGCACCAUCGUCUGCCACCACCCGGCCCUGGAGUUCCCCUACGAGCUGUCACAGCCGAUGCCCAGGCCAGACCCCGUAAACAACACGGAGGAGACCUACGAGGAGAUGCUCAAGGCUCGACUCGAAGUGAAUCCGCUGACGCAGCUCAGGAAGAAACCGCACCACGCCAUCGAGGAGCUGAGCCGCUUGUUCUACACCAGCAAGCACCGCUGGUUCCCUGUCGGACAGUAUCACCUGAGGAGGAUUAAAAAAAAUCCACCCAAAGACAGGCCGGAUUCCUGAUAUUAACUUUCAGCCAAGGUUUGCGUGUUGCACAGCACUUCCGCUCGCCUGCAAUAUGGAGUCAUUCUAGAAUUUAGACGAAGCUGGAAAGCCGUCCUUUCGGUUGUAACUCUUUCACGUACUUUAUUUCCCAUGAUGCAACAACUCGUUUAUAAAGUUAAGUUGGAAAUACACAACGGAUAUUACUUUGUCUUAUAUAAUUCCAGUGAAGGAGUGUUGUCUGUUAUUUCGCGGGGGGGAACACCCCACAAUUAUGCCUACAACUUUUAAGAAUUGUUUUCAACAAAUGUAUUACAAUGUUUAUUAGUGUAAUAAUAAUCCACACCCUUCGAACCAAGCCUGAACCGCAAACUUUUACAGUUUUUAAAAAGAUUUAUUUAAGAAAUAAAGAGCGUGAAGAUUUACACUCAAGAAUUCAA